UUCUGUCUCCCGGGCCGGGGCCGGCGGGGAGGGCAGCGGCAGCAGCCGCUUGGCUCGCAGCCCCCGGCGGGGAGCCGGCCCCUUGCCGCGGGGGCAGCGCCGACCUUGCCGUGUGACAGCCGGGGGGGGCCGCUGCUGCCUCGGCGAGCCCGGCUGCGGCGCGGCGGCUGCAGCCAUGUGUUUCUCCGCCUGCCACUGACACAAUAACACGGGAAGCGGCGGCAGGGAUCCUAGCCUGCCGUGGGGAAAAGUGACCUGAGGCGCUCAGGCCGGCGGCGAUGGAGGAGGGCAUGAGCAGCAUGCAGCAGAAAGCGGCGGAGCUGGAGCACAUGGCCGAGGUCCUGCUCACCGGAGAGCAGCUCCGGCUCCGACUGCAUGAAGAAAAGGUCAUUAAGGAUCGGCGACACCACCUCAAAACAUACCCGAACUGCUUCGUUGCCAAAGAGCUGAUCGACUGGCUGAUCGACCACAAAGAGGCCUCCGACAGGGAGACAGCCAUUAAACUGGUGCAGAAAUUACUGGAUCACAGCAUUAUCCACCAUGUCUGUGAUGAGCAUAAAGAAUUCAAGGAUGUCAAACUGUUCUACCGCUUCAGAAAAGAUGACGGGACGUUUCCACUGGACAAUGAGGUGAAGGUGUUCAUGAGAGGACAAAGACUGUAUGAAAAGCUGAUGAGUUCUGAAAAUACCCUUCUGCAAGCCAGGGAAGAGGAAGGAGUCAAGUACGAGCGGACCUUUGUAGCAUCGGAGUUCAUUGACUGGCUGAUCCAGGAAGGAGAGGCCACGACACGGAGCGAAGCGGAGCAGCUCGGCCGCAGGCUCUUGGAGCACGGGAUUAUACAGCACGGGCAGCAACUUCCAUUAGAGAUACCUGGAGCAAGAACCUUGUCAGCUGCCACAAGUUUAUCUGCUACUGCCUCUGAGUCAACACCCAGAGUGUCCAACAAGCACCAUUUUAUGGACAGCAACUUGCUCUACCAGUGCAGAAUGAAUUUCCGGCGGCGGCGGCGAUUAAUGGAGCUCCUCACUGAGAAAUCUCGCUUGAUGCCAGAAAGCCAUGACAGCCCAUUUUGCCUGCGCAAACAGAACCAUGACAACAGGAAACACACCAGUUUUCUCUCAGUGAGUCCCACCAAGGAGAUAAAGAUCGUGUCGGCAGUGCGGAGGAGCAGCAUGAGUAGCUGUGGCAGCAGCGGGUACUUCAGCAGUAGCCCAACGCUCAGCAGCAGUCCCCCCGUGCUCUGCAACCCCAAAUCUGUAUUAAAGAGACCUGUGACUGCUGAUGAACUCUUGAUGCCUGGAGCCCCAUAUGUUAGAAAAACUUUUACGAUUGUUGGUGAUGCUGUGGGCUGGGGCUUUGUGGUGCGGGGAAGCAAACCCUGCCACAUCCAGGCUGUGGACCCCAGUGGGCCAGCAGCCGCGGCUGGAAUGAAGGUUUGCCAAUUUGUCGUGUCUGUCAAUGGCCUCAAUGUUCUCCAUGUGGAUUAUAGGACAGUGAGCAACCUCAUCCUGACCGGCCCUCGAACAAUUGUGAUGGAAGUGAUGGAAGAAAUGGAGGCCUGAGAAGGCAAAAAACCCCCUAUUACUGGACAUUUUUGUGAGACAAACAGCAACAGCCAUGGAGUGUCAUGACACAAGGCAGCAGAAUGUUGCUGUGUCUAAACAGAUGAUUUUGCUUUUAGGGGAGGGGGCUCUCUUUCAUUUAACAAUAAUAGCACUGGUGAUUAUGCUAAGAUGUGAACAAUAGAUACCAGCAUAUUUUCACUACGGACUUCUCUGUGCCCAACAGAGACAAGAUCAGGGCCUUUAAGUGGUCUGUCCAGCCAUGGCUGCAUUGGUCAGAAUGGGUUCCAGCCUAAGAGGCCGUGCAUAUUUCUUCACAGUCCACUACCCGUUCGAAGCACUUCAGGAGGUGAAAGUGCCAAGCGCUGUGGGGUCGGGAUGUCAGAGAUGGUUUCCAUGAGAUAGUGACAUUGGUAAACAUUGUCCUGCUGUCCAGCUUUGUCCCUGGAGCACGUGCAGUCAUAGUUAUUCUCUCCUUGGGCUGACUACAUCCUGGCUUGAUUACAGUCAAACACAAACGAACUGCAAAUGCAUGAGAAAAGGUGUCUGUGCUCUGUAGGGAAUAGUCUGGUAUGAAUGUUAGGGCCUGACUGAUUACACUGGUUAGUCUAGAAAGAAAAUGGAAAAACGUGUGGUACUUUUACAAAAACUGCCUUUGAAAAUUGGUCUUUUGGUUUCAAUGCCUGUGUGCUGGAUUAGGUGCUUGAGUAUUAUAUACUGAUCUUGAGGUUUUUUUCUAUACCUGUAAAGGAAAGGUGCCUCACUCUUACUAUUCAUCACUUUUGAGAAAUUUUGGCCACUUUAAUUCCCAGAAGAAGAAAUUUGGCAGGUUGCAGUGGGAAAUUCACGGUGUUAGCAUAAGGAUCUCCAGUAGCAAAAGUACACUUCAAAUUAAAGCAAUGUACUUGAAUGUACAUUAACUUUAUCAGCACUUUCCAAUCAUCUAAUGUUUUGCGAAGAAUCAGCUUCCCUCAUGAGCUGCAUUUGACACAAUUACAAAUAAAACAUUGUAUUUAACUGACUCUUACUGUUUCUCAAACAGUAGGAUUUUUUUCAUUGAUUGAGUUAAUCAAAUAAAUAUUUUUUAAAUAUAUACAUGAAAAUUCUCUAUUCUGCAGUUAGGUGACUCUUCAGCUUGAUGUUAAGGGGAACUGCAUGGGUUUUCUUUGAAUUGAAUGAAUACAUCCUGCUUCACAAAAUUAUAACUACUGUUUGCAGACUUUCUCUGCUGUCUAAAUUUUACAAUUAAAGCUUAACUUUAUAUAUGCACAUACCACAAAUCAUGCAAUUAUGGGGUGGGGAAAGUAUUUUUCCUCAAAUAAUUUUGAAACGUGUUUUGUAUUAAAAAUUGUUCUCACUAAAUAAAUUGCUCCUUCAGUAUGUUUUUCAUUCACUCAAACACUUUAACUUCAGAGAUACAGCAAAUCUUCAAACUCAUUUAUUCCUGCAGCUUUGUAGGAAGAAGUCCUUGUGUUCUUUGUUUCUGGUUUGAUAUAUCUGUGGUUGUAUUUUCACCAGGAAAACUUCUUAUAUUCCACUAAUACGCAGCAGUGGAGGGAGUUAUAAAACUGCAGCUACUUACUCAAUAUUAACCAGGCAUGAGAGUGUCUGGAGGGUUUGUUCAAAUUGUCAUCUGCUGUGACAGUUCUUAAUCCUGAUUGUACUCCCCAAAACUUUGGUACACGUGCAUAAGCCAUAGCAGGUUACAUUUUACAGGUCAUCUAAAAUAAAUAGCUGGGUACAUUAUGUUAUAUUAAAAUGUAAUAACUGUCCAUGGUAUCCACUCAGAACAGCUGGAAACAAACUUGUUCCAGAAAUGUUUCAAUGCUGUAAGUAUUUUGAGUUUAUGAAUCCGGGAAUGCUUCUACAAAUACUUCAAUUUAAUUUCUAUUUUUUUCUUUAUUUUCUAUUUUUUUUCUUCUUUUCUUUUUUUCCUCUGGGAUAUUUUGGUGGCUUAGCCCCUUUGAAAUAUAAAUUCUGCAUGCUAGGCUUAGUUAAAUAUUACAAUUGAAGGAUUUUCUUAGCAAAAUGCUAAUGAUUCUCUCUAAUGCCAUCAUGGGUUUGUCUGUAUUACAUCUCUUGCCUUAGUUAAUAUUCUGCUAGAAGUUCUCUGUAGCUUACAGAUAAUUAAGAAACUGGGUCAGAAUUUGGCUUAAUAAUGCAUUACAGAGUGCACUUCAUACUGGAGCAAAAAGAGUGGGAAUGGGGGCAGGGAGAAAUCUGUGCAUUUCAUUACGUUACAGAUUGGAGAUGGCAUCUUGAUUCACAAGAUACAUUAGUCUCUAUCACAAUUUGAGCACAGCUACUUGCCUUCUGUUUAACAGGGAUUUCCAUAUUCUGUUCUCAACUUGACUGACAUUCCAGGAUUUAAUUAAUUCUUUCCCUCUUCAAUGUGACAAAGGUAUUCAAAUUGUGUCUGCAAUGAAAUUUUGUAUUUUGGAAAAAAGGCUUAAAAGUAAACAAUUAAGCUAUGAAAUGUGUAAUUUCCAAUUAAAUUACGGUUUGUCUGCACACAGAGCUGCACAUGCUCCAAGACAUCCCACAGGAGUCGGUGUCAAACUCUCAUGCACUUCAGAGGGCGCAGACUUUUAAAUAUAACAGAGCACCUUGCUUCCUGAAAAGUGCCAGGGGAAAUGUAAGAUUAUUCACAGAAGUGAGGCAUUUCAAGGGAUGCAUGAAUUUCACAUUGUAGAAUGAAGCAAGAAACCAGAAAUUUGAAAAAAAAAAAAUCCUGGCAUCAGCAGUAAUAGCAUCAUUAAAAAGACAGGCAUUUUUGUAAGACUUACUCUCUUCUGUGAUCUCAUUUUUGGUUACUGUAGAUCUUUCAAGAUCCUCUAAUAAAUCUUUAAGCCUUAAUCACUCAAAUUACUGCUAUUCCUCUGUUCAUGUACAUUUGCAAAUCAUUUAUGGACAUCUUCAAGCAAUGUAAUAUUUAAUUAAAUUCAAGUAGCAGUUAAGAUAAUUGGAGCAUUAAAUCAGUGCAAUAUUUCUCAUAUUUUUUUCCUGUUAUAUUUCCUACAAGAUACAUAAUUUUAAUUAUCUUUUUCAAGAUCACAUAUCAUGUGUAAGGUACUGAAAACAGCCGGUUCCACAACUAGUCCCGUGGAAGGCAUUUCAUUCAGACAAUGAUGCCAUAAUCCACUUCAGGUGUAUCAGAACUUAAUUGUCUGCAUUUUAGGUCUGCAUAGAAGCUGAAAAUAAAACUUUCAGAAUUCAAAAAACAUUGUCAUAGCAGCAUCUGAGAUAUGAGUGGGUGCAGCCUGCUACACCUUCUGUGAGAUUACAUUCAGGAAGAGGUUUGGAAUGAAAGGUCAUGCAGUAGGGCUUUUUUUCAGUGUUUUUCUUAAUUUUUUAUUAAUUUUCUGUUCAUACCCUCACUAAUGACUAAAGUACUAGGGAUGUGUCAAAUGCUGUCCCAGGAUUACUGGUUUAAUGGUCAGCUUGUUCCCUUAGCAUGGUCUGGAUCUCUGACAAAAUUGCCCUGAGAAAAGUGUAGUUCAGAGAGUAACAUGAAAUCUGAAUUUGGUGCCCCUUGGCUUUCAGACCAGAGACAGCCUCUGUACUGACUUGAGGUACUGACAAUAGACAUAGACAAAUGAGAAUAGUCUGAGGAUUAGGAAGAAGCAGCAACUGACUCCUUUCUUCUUCUGUGCUGACAGCCAUGCCAUGUAUAAUGGACAGCAGUUCUUUUGCAGUUAGGUAUCCACUCUCAUAUUGGCCAUGGGAGCUGUGAAUUUCCAGUACUGUUGAAACUCAAGUUUUAUAAGCACACACAUAAAAUGCAAUGCUUAGCUUUAAAAACCAGGUUUGAAGUAGACACUACUUUAGGUAGCACAAAUUGUUGUAAUGCCUCUACAAAGAUGCUGCCAUAUACCCAUAGGUUUCCCAUCCUGUGUCACUGUAAUUCUCCUUGAACUUAGAGCACAACAGUCUCCUACUGGCUUUUGUACGGCCUUGUCAAAUAAUAAUCUUAAUUUCUUUCCAGAAUUUGCAGGUGAUUUGUAGAGCAAAACUCUCUUUUUAUGUGCAACCUCUUGCUUCUGUUCCUAAGGUGAUUCUACAUAGAAUCUGCUCCCUAGAUUACAGUACAUAGCAGGCUAGUGGUAGUCUUACCACUUCACUCUAUCAUACCUGAGCAGCUGAACUCCUCUCCAGGGAACUGCUCCCAUUGCUCCUGCUCCUGCUGCAUGCACCCAAACAGGCCAAGCUGGGGAACAAUGGUCAAAAGGACAGCCCAUACCCACCAGAUUGUUUGGCCUUUACCAGUGAUUUAUGGAUAUAUUUAUUUACUAUUUUGCUGCAUAGUUGACAUUGGUCCUACUUUAUUCUUCCAGCUUAAAAAUGAUUUCUGGAAGAUCUUGAUGGUCCUGCUUUCUUUGUAUUUUUACUAGUCUGUUUUUGAGUGCCUCUUUACCAUGAUCACCAUCUAUCUCUUCAUAACUUAGCUUUUCAUAAAUUAGCAGUGUUUAUUUAGCAAGCCUAAUAUUUCAGGAAAACAGAUGAAUUGGCUGCUGCUUUACAAUUAAAUGUCAGCUCACCUAUAAACAAAGCCUUGAGGUAAAAGAACAAAGUAAGAAAAAGCUACCAUAAAUGUUGGACUAAAAUCCAUUUUAGAUAUAAAAUGACACCACAUCUACUCUUAAAAAAGCUGUGUAUGAUUCAUAACACAGAUGGGCCACAGCUUUCAUGGACUUUCUCAGGUUAUGGAGACAAAAUAAAAGAGACUUCCAUAAAGUGGUGUUUUCUUUUGGGCCUCUGGAUGAUCUAUCCAUGACUCCCCUCCCUCCUGAACCGGCUGGAGCACAGCUUCCCAGCCACAGCCUUGGAACCACAUAAACUGUUAUCCUCACUGCUAGCUGUAAAUAACUGCAGAUUUUUAUAAUUACAUUUUGUUUUCCACUUCAGGCUUUAGAGUUUCUCUUAUUAAACAGAGAAACAAUUAAUUUGUUCAUCUAUCUCGUAAAGAAGUGCUGCAUUUUCCCCCUUAUAUUUGCAGUGGGAUGUGCGAUAAACAGAAAUGCUUUUUGGUUUGUACUCAAGCCUGACUCAGGGAAUACUUGUUCUUACCUGCCCUUCUCAAGGCAAACCUCCCCUGGGAAAAUUUAAUGAAAAUUUCCUGAGAAUUUCAUGAAAACCUGAGCAAAACCUGCAAUACGAUGCCUAUUAGUAGAUCAUACCUGGAAAAUGCAUAGUAUGUUCAAAUAAUUAUUAAAAAAACAAAACCAAAAAACAAAACCAAACAAAAACCAAAAAAAAAUCCCCAAAAAACCAAAAAACAAAUGAAGACAAGUUAGGUUUUUUUAAAAUUCUUGUUGAUGGUUUUAAAGUAUAAGCAAAAUGAAUGUAGACCACAGAAGAGAAUCCAUCAGACAGGUGCAGUAAAGGGGUGUAGUAUGGAAAGGUUCUCCCAUAUAAUGAUAGAAGUGUUUAUGUUGAAAGAGGCCUAAAAGAUCAUCUAGUUCCAUUCCCCUGCCAUGGGCAGGGACACCUUACACCAGACCAGGUUGCUCAGAGCCCCAUCGCACUCAGCCUUGAGCACUGCCAGGGAUGAGACAGUCCCAUAAUGUCCUAUUAAAUUUCUUAAUAACAUCACAGAGAGAAAAAGUGUUGUACUUUAAUGGCUAAAUUUAAAAUUUAUAUUCUUAAGCCUGUCUUUUCAAUAAGAUCAAAGUGGUACUUAAUGCUUUCACUUUUAUGAACAUUCAAUCCUAAAAUGCAGUACAUAAGAAUAUAGUAAAGGUUUAUUUGUUUGGGAAAGAUUUCCCUUCCAAAUAUAACAAACUCUGUCAAAAUAUAACAAACAUAUCCUUUAACAAAAAAAAGCUUAAUUUACAUUAUGAAGUAAUUUAAACUUUUUUUUCAUAUCUUCUAUUUAUAAAGUAGAAUGCAAACACUGCAUGUAUCAACUAAAAAUAAAUGCAUAUCCAGGCUUGACUGAACAACUGUUUCAUCAAUGGGGUCCAGAAAUGGGGCUAAACUAAGUGCUUCAGGUUUAUUAGCAAAAGUUUAAUUAAGUGUGACGUUGAGCAAAGCCUGGGAAAUAUUAAGUGAUUCCACUCAGAAGUGCUUAGUAGUUUCCAGGAUCAGGAACCCUUUAAUUUCUCAAAGUUCCCUGACAGCCUUGCUUUGCCUGCAAAAUAUUUCUAGAACUGUGAUAAGAUUUUCUUAAAACUCAUUUAAAAAUUGUAGAUGGAAUGUACUAGCUUUUAUGGCUUAACUAUGAAAAGGAAGAAACAUGAAAGUAUUUAAGAUCUUAAUGUUACAUUCUCCCAAUAUCUGUUGAGUUUUAUAAGCAUUUUCAGCUCAAAUGCUUUCUGAAGAUAAUUUUAUGCACCCUUUGUUUGUUACUGCAGCUGGGAAGUGUGUGUGUUUCAUUUGUUUUGCCAGAAUAAACAAGAUCCUGUUGAAUAUUAAAA